CAUGCCGAAUAAUGAAGGUUAUGAUCAGUUCUAACCUGCUCCGUGACAACAACAAUUCCCCAACAGGGAAUUGUUGAUUAAUCAAAUAAUGACCUAAAAGUGUAUAAUUAAUAAGUAUAUACGAAAUGAUGGCAUCAACGAAUGAGUUCGGACCGGACUCGGGCGGACGGGUGAAGGGUUUGACAGUUGUCAAGCCCCUAGUGUACGGUAACAUGGCACGUUAUUUCGGCAAGAAGAGAGAAGAGGAUGGCCACACUCACCAGUGGACUGUCUACGUAAAACCAUACAACAACGAGGAUAUGUCUGUUUACGUGAAAAAAGUACACUUCAAGUUGCACGAGAGUUAUAAUAAUCCGAAUAGAAUUGUUACGAAACCACCAUAUGAACUCACAGAAACGGGAUGGGGCGAAUUUGAAAUUGUCAUAAAAAUCUAUUUCUUGGAUCCCAACGAACGGCCGGUGACAAUCUACCACAUCCUAAAACUAUUCCAAUCAUCCCCGGAUAUCCUAACCGGAAAGAAGAAUCUCGUGUCAGAGUUCUACGAGGAAAUCGUUUUCCAAGAUCCAACGGCAUUGAUGCAGCAUUUAUUAAGCACAACAAGACCUCUGACAAUGGGAGUUUGGAGACAUGACACUGAUUUCGAGACUAAGAAAGAGACCGCCCUGAAGGCCAUCACCGAGGCGAGGAAUAAAAUCCGGUAUGAAGUGAUAGAUCUCAAAGAAAAGUUGACAUUAGCCAAGGAGACCAUUGCCAGGUUUAAAGAGGAAAUUGCGAAAAUAUCGAAGGGUGGAGGCACCACCAGUGCGUCAUAAUUUCUUAGAGGUGUCCUAAAGCGAACAAUAUGUACAACUUAUCUGGUAUGAAUGAUUAAUCUAAAUUCUUUAUUUUUAAACGUUUGUAUGAAUAAUAAACAAAUCUUCCAUUCGGAA